AUGGGUGGCAAAGGCGUGAAUCGAAGCCGUGUCCCAUGUGCCCUGGCAGCCCCGCUUCUGCCCGCCGCCCGGCAUCGGCUUUUCACCUCCCGUUACAUCGGUCUUCGUACCUCAGAGGACGUUGUCUCCUUUAAAAAAUACAUUUACCGCUGCCGAAACGUUUCACGAGUGUCCCUGGCGGGUUUUGUUUGUUGGUUUCUAAUAACCAGCAUAUCAUACAUCUGCUGUUACAGCAGUCCCCACAUAAGUACUAUUUUGACGAAAAGCCACAGCUCGGAAGAAGCGCAGUGCUUUGCACACCGAGGAAGAAGAAAGAAAGAUGAAGAAGAGGAGGACGAGCACCACGGGCACACGGCAGUGUCUAGCCAUAAAACGAAUCCCUUCUCUCCCAUCGACGGAGAAGCGGAUACCCUAAACCCUGGACUGCAUAAAUUCGGUCACAGAAACGAGGCCCUUAUAUUUCCGCACACGGCCGCGGAACAGCGCCCGCCGCCCUCGAAGCACCCCCCUAAGGCACACAAACGAAACCGCGAGGGCUCAGCCCCACCAAGGGGGAUUUCGGAUGGACACCGGGGCAGAAGCUCAGCCCAGCGCUGGGAGCGGCGAUCGGGCCGAGCAUCGGCAAAGGUGAGCGCGCAGCCCCGUGUUCGGCUAUUUGAACGUUUGACACAGAAUCUGCUCUACAAAAUGACGGGGCUCAACCUGCAGAAGGUUUUUAGGCCGGUGAAGAAGGAGCUUAAACCGCCCAAAUACAAGCUGAUGACAGAAGCUCAGCUGGAAGAGGCCACAAGAAAAGCCAUCGAGGAAGCUAAAGAAAAAUUAAUUAUGCCCCCUGUUUUGAAAGAACGAGAGCCAAUUGAUGAUGUCUUAGCAGAAGACAAAUUCCUUGAAGGAACUGAAACUACAAAAUACAUAUUUACAGAUUUAACUUACUCCAUUCCACAUCGUGAGCGUUUCAUUGUAGUUAGAGAACCCAAUGGUGUAUUACGCAAAGCAACCUGGGAAGAACGAGACAGAAUGAUACAGAUAUUCUUCCCAAAAGAAGGGCGCAGAGUUAUUCCCCCAGUUCUAUUCAAGGAUGAAAACCUUGGGACUGUAUUUCAGCAAGACCGUCAUGAGGAUAUCCUUAACAUGUGCAUUGCUCAGUUUGAACCAGAUUCACCUGACUAUAUCAGAGUUCAUCAUCGGACAUAUGAUGACAUUGAGAAACACGCCAAGUAUGAUCUGCUCCGUUCAACAAGACACUUCGGAGGAAUGGUAUGGUAUCUAGUAAACAGAAAGAAAACGGAUGGCUUACUAAUAGAUAUGAUCCACAGAGACUUGCUGGAUGAUGCUACAAGUUUAAUUACACUGUAUCAUAUGCUUCAUCCUGAAUGUCAGUCGGCAAAAGAAGCUAAAGAGGGGAAACUUCAAGGAGUGGAUCUGAUCAAGGUAUUUGUGAAAACAGAAUCACAGAAAGAAGGCUACGUACAACUUGCCCUCCAGGCUUAUGAAGAAGCAAUGGCUACUUCUACAGCUUCAUGAAAUAAACCUUAGUUCAGAAGUUUAUAAAGAUUCUCUGUACAGGCUUCCAUAAUAAAUACUUUAAA